AUGUUCCACGAAGACCUGCGCUACAUCCACGAGGAUGUCGAGCGGCUGGAGCAAGCGAUAGCUGAGCGAGUAGUCGAAGAGCCCAGACACAUACGUAACAGGCUUGUCCGUGAUCAUGAAGUCGCCACUUUCCUCUCACGAAUCCAAGCACAGUCAGAACGAGGCCUCAACAUCUACAACAACCAGAAGGAGGAGCUGCAGCAAGAGCAUCAGGCCAUCGGCACCGGCGAUCCAUAUGAAGACUUCUACAAGCGCCUAGAUGAGGUCAAGAGCUUCCACAAGCGCUACCCCAACGAGCCAGUGGAGAAUCUCGAGCGCGCAUACAAGAGAGUGGAGCAAGGUGGGCCAGGAAGCUAUGCUGGAGACAUCGAUGGCAUGUUCACGGGCGAGGAGGCUUUCGGACGCUUCUUCGACCUGACUAUGCUGCACGAGGAGUACCUGAAUCUGCCCGGGGUGAAGGGCCAAAGGAAGCUGACUUACCUGCAAUACCUCGAUCUCUUCGACAACUUCACGCCCCCUCGAUGUCCGAUCACCAGACAGGACAAGAUGACGGACCAGUACUUCAGCUAUGUUGGCUCUCUGGCUCAGUAUCUGGAGAGCUUCCUGAACAGGACUAAACCGCUCCAAGACUUCGACAAGCUGUUCGCCGAUUUCGAGAACGAGUUUGAGACGCUGUGGGGAAAGAAUGAGGUGCCUGGUUGGGACGAGAAGGGAGCGCAACAGGCGAACGGCGGCGCAUCGAAGGGACCGGCCACCGAGGGUUCUGGUGAAGGCAUAUGGUGCGCAGAUUGCGAGAAAGAAUUCAAGAACGACAACGUGUACAAGGCGCAUUUGACGGGCAAGAAGCACAUCAAAAAUGUCGAGGCGAGGAAAAAGCAAGCCGCAUCGGGCGACGUCGACAUGGAGAACGGCACAGCCGCACCCCACACAUCUACCACAAGCACAUCCCGAUUAAAAGAAAAAGCCAUCGCUGAGCGCGAACACCGUAUCCGCCGUCUAGCCAACGUGAUGAAGACCGAGCGCGAAGACACUCGCGUCAACGUCGAGCGCAAAGCCGGCAUGACGGAUCGCGAACGACAACAAGAGCUCGCCGCCCUCUACGCCGAAGACACUGCCAUGGCCGGCACCACCAAGGCUGACGGCGAGAACUCGGACGACGAGGGCGAGGAGAAAGUCUACAACCCUCUCAAGCUCCCGCUCGCCUGGGACGGCAAGCCCAUCCCCUUCUGGCUGUACAAACUACACGGCCUGGGCGUCGAGUUCCCCUGCGAAAUCUGCGGCAACUACGUCUACAUGGGCCGACGGGCGUUCGAGAAGCACUUCUCCGAGGCGCGGCACGUGCACGGGUUGAAGUGUCUCGGGAUCAUGCAGACGAGUUUGUUCCGCGAGAUUACGAAGAUCGAGGAGGCGCAGCGGUUGUGGGAGAAGAUCCAGCGGGAUCGGCAGCAGGGGGAGCAGAAGAAGGAGGAUGUCGUGGAGAUGGAGGAUAGUGCGGGGAAUGUGAUGCCGUUGAAGGUGUAUAAUGAUUUGAGUAAGCAGGGGCUGCUGUGA